AUGACGACUACUAAUUGCGCACCAUGUAGUCCGAUCUGUAACGUUGAAACCAGAGCGUGUCCGGAUUAUUGCGUAGAAGGGGGAAGCUUCUGCAUAUGCGAAUCUGGAUACUACCUCCCGUACGAAAACAGCACUUACUGCGUUUCGAAAAGCUCUUGUCCUACGUGUGGGAAUGCUGCGUCAGAAUCACAGUCACAAUCAGAAUCAGAAUCAAAUUCAGAAUCAACCGCGGGACCAGAAUCGAAAACAGAAUCAGAAUCUGAAACAAAAUCGGAGUCGGAAUCCAAAUCAGGACCAGAAUCAACCGCUAAAUCAGAAGCAGAAUCAGGAUCAAAUUCAGAAUCAACCGCAGGACCAGAAACGAAAUCAGGAUCAAAAGACAAAUCAGAAUCAAAUGCUGGAUCAGAAGCGAAAAAAGGACCAGAAUCAACCGGUAAAUCAGAAUCGGAAUCAGGAUCAAAUUCAGAAUCAACCGCAGGACCAGAAUCGAAAACAGAAUCAGAAUCUGAAACGGAAUCGGAAUCGGAAUCAAAAUCAGGACCAGAAUCAACCGGUAAAUCAGAAGCGGAAUCAGGAUCAAAUUCAGAAUCAACCGCAGGACCAGAAACGAAAUCAGGAUCAAAAGACAAAUCAGAAUCAAAUGCUGGAUCAGAAGCGAAAAAAGGACCAGAAUCAACCGGUAAAUCAGAAUCGGAAUCAGGAUCAAAUUCAGAAUCAACCGCAGGACCAGAAACGAAAUCAGGAUCAAAAGACAAAUCAGAAUCAAAUGCUGGAUCAGAAGCGGAAAAAGGAUCAGAAUCUGAAAGAAAAUCGGAGUCGGAAUCCAAAUCAGGACCAGAAUCAACCGGUAAAUCAGAAUCGGAAUCAGAAUCAAAUUCAGAAUCAACCGCAGGACCAGAAACGAAAUCAGGAUCAAAAGACAAAUCAGAAUCAAAUGCUGGAUCAGAAGGAUCAAAAGACAAAUCAGAAUCAACUUGUGAUUCGGAAUCGAAAUCAGGAUCAAAAGGAAAAUCAGAAUCAAAUAGUGGAACAAAUUCAAAAUCAGACACAACGGGACCGUCAAAAUCAAUUGACAAUGCAAAAUCAACAUUAGAAUCAAAAGUAAAAUCAAAUGAUGGAUCAGAAUCGAAAUCAGACACAACCGGACCGUCAAAAUCAAUUGACGAUGCAAAAUCAACAUUAGAAUCAAAAGUAAACUCAAUCGACGAUGCAAAAUCAACAUUAGAAUCAAAAGUAAAUUCAAUUGACGAUGCAAAAUCAACAUUGGAAUCAAAAGUAAACUCAAUCGACGAUGCAAAAUCAACAUUAGAAUCAAAAGUAAAUUCAAUCGACGAUGCAAAAUCAACAUUAGAAUCAAAAGUAAACUCAAUUGACGAUACAAAAUCAACAUUAGAAUCAAAAGUAAAAUCAAAUGACGGAUCAGAUUCGAAAUCAGAAACAACCGAACCGUCGAAAUCAAAUGAUGGAUCAGAUUCGAAAUCAGAAAAAACGGAACCAUCAAAAUCAAUUGACGAUUCAAAAUCAAAAUUAGAAUCAAAAGGAAAAUCAGAAUCAAAUUCUGGCUCAGAGUCGAAAUCAGAAACAACAGAACCAUCAAAAUCAAUCGACGAUUCAAAAUCCGAAUUAGAAUCAAAUGCUGAAUCAGAGUUGAAAUUAAUAUAAACAGUGAAAUCAGAAUCCGUAUAUGAAUCAGCGGCAAAAUUGGAGUCGGCAUCCGAAACAGAAUCAACUUCUGAAUCAGGAUGAAAAUCCGAGCCAUCAUACCUACCAACAAAUCCUACAAUAAGUAU